AUGCUGCGAAUCGCGACUCGGACCUUGAACCGACGCUUCACGAUGGCAUCCACAUUCGCCAAUGUAGCAGAGGAGGUCAAGCUCGACAUCCUCUCCGAAAAUCACCUCGAAGACAACAUUGCGAAGCGUAAGGAGAUUACGAGAACCUUUAUCUCGGACACCAUAACUGUUCCAACUCAGGAAAUGUAUCAAUACGCGACGCUAGCUACACUUGGUGACGACGUCUACUUCGAGCCUUCAACAAGAGCACUUGAAAAUCAUGUUGCAAAAAUCACUGGCAAAGAAGCUGCCUUAUUCCUUCCGAGCGGGACUGCAAGCAAUCAAAUUGCACUGAGGUCACACCUCGCCCAACCGCCAUACUCAAUAAUUUGUGACCAUCGUGCCCAUAUUCACAAGUACGAGGCUGGCGGAGCCGCAUUUCACUCUGGAGCAGCCGUGCUGCCGAUAAUUCCUGCGAAUGAGCAUCACCUAACCUUGAAGGACGUGCAGAGCAACAUGAUUCUAAGCACUGACAUCCACUUUGCCCCCACCGAAGUUGUUGCCUUAGAAAACACUCUCAACGGCACCAUAUUCCCACAAGAUGAGAUCAUCAAAAUCUCGGACUUUGUUCACUUGCAAGGCAAGAAAAUGCACCUUGACGGUGCUCGAAUCUGGCAUGUGGCUGCAGAAACAGAAACUUCGAUCAAGAAGCUCUGCGAGCCCUUCGACUCUGUCAGUCUGUGUUUUAGCAAGGGAUUAGGUGCUCCCGUCGGCUCUUGUCUGGUCGGUUCCAGUGCUUUCAUUUCGCGAGCCCGACAUUUCCGGAAGCUCUUUGGUGGCGGAAUGCGUCAAACUGGAAUUCUUGCUGCCUGUGCCGCAUAUGCGUUGACAUACAACUUCCCUCUUUUGCCCGCCGUUCACUCGCUCGCACGCAAGUUAGAAGCCGGGUUGGAGGAGAUCGGAGCAGAAAUAACUAGUCGAGCUGAAACCUGCAUGAUAUUUUACGACCCUUCUUCGAUUGGUGUGACCUACGAUGAAAUUGGCGAACGUGCAAGUCAGCUGCCUGAGCCACUAAUCCUUGGAGGUUCGCGUGUUGUAGUGCAUAUCCAGACUUCCGAGGCCGCUGUCAAUGAUUUCCUCUCCGUCGUCCGCCAGCUUUCAGAGGAGAAAAAGAAAUCAGGCUUUGUCAAACCUGAUCCAACAUCAGCAAAUGGGAACAUCUACAAGGAUGUCUAUGUCCGCCGUUUGCCCAAGUCAACCGAUUAG